UGCCCCCCCCCCUUCAUGAUUUUUUCCAUCUUUUUCCCUAUUGUGUUGUGGUUCAACGGUUUUAUUAUUGAGGGCGCCCCCUCCUACUACUACUCACUAAAGGACCACUACGGAGCACGUCGAGUAGUUAGCAGUAGUCAACGAGAGAUCCUCUCUGAUCCACCCCGAGCUUCUUUGUCGAGUGGUGAUGUCGUUGUCGUCGCUAUAACCUCCCGUCUGCAUCUCCUUGCGUCUAGCUACUCCGUAUGUAGUAGGGAACACUCGGUCUUCCGUCCUCCUAGUCUGGUUUCCGGGAAGGAAAGCGAUACGCCGUACGCUGUAGGGGCCUCUUAACUCGGUAGUCGGUCGUUAGAAGUGACAGCAACAAGUCGAAACCUGGCCCAAUCGUGGCGGUCUGAGCAGGCGGUGCUCUCCACGCCAGCUCAGUCCCUUGGGCCUAUGAGCAGUAGGUACUAAGCACUGCUGGACGCCCCAGGGGGGAGGGGCUCGCCUUUUUUUUGCUCUUACGCCGGCGGUCCCUGUGCAGUGUGCAGUGUGCGGUUGGACAGGCGGACAGCCUCAAAAAGAGCUCCCAGAACCCUCGCUGGGCAUCUGCUGCGAGCUCCAGCAGCUCUGAGAGAAGCUCCGUCGGAUGCUGCUCACGAUGAUGCAAGUUCCAAACUUUGCGCAU